ACCUGUCGACCUACGCUGGUUAAACCCGUCAUUCUGCCUCCAAAAUGCCGAAAAACGGUGUUGUUUUUGGUUGUGCUAACCACAACUGGAAACAGGGAAAACAAAGGUUGUAUUAUGUUCCGCCAAAGCGCGAUAAAAGCCCACAGAGACGAGACAAAUGGCUCGCAGCUUUACACCGGGAAAACGAGGACGGUUCUCACUGGAGUCCCCCAAAGUCCCGGGUCGUGUGUUCGGAUCACUUCGUUUCUGUGUGUGGGCAUUGGGAGAGACCAGACUUCAACUGUCAGUAAGGAGGAGCAGCAAAGACGACAAACAGCCAUCAUGUUACACUUCGCUACGACACCUGGAGCAACAGGGGGUGCUGUGGGGCAAGAGCAGAGAGGAUCUGCACCACAGGAUCUACUCCCAGCAGCCAAUCAGAGGCUGGGAGGGUCGACCUGCUCACAUGUUUGGAGAGAUCAUCCACUCCUCCUUAGUGUGUCUGCACAGCAAACACGCUCAGGACAAGUGUGAUUACUUCCUGGUUUUAUUCUCCUUCCACAUGCUCCUCCUCUCCUUGGACCACACCCAGCAAGACUUUCUUUACGAGGGAAUGCUUCCUCUUUCUGGACUCUCCUUCCACAUCAUCUCCACGGAGCGAAACGUCUCACAGCCACCUCACAUGUUUGAGAUCAGCAGUCGGAUGAUGGAGCCCAAGGUCUUCAUAUGUAGCACCCGUGCUGAGCUGCAGACCUGGAUGCGGCACGUGGAAGACAGGAGGUACAAGUCCAUGACCCAACCUACAAGUCCCUCCCACUGUGCUCUCUCCUACCUGCUGCCUUGUGAUGAGCACUGGAAAAGAGAGGAGUUGAAGAAGUACUUGAUCCAUGCGCCGAUAUGGGAGUGGGAGGGUUCACCGAUACUGCACAUGGGACCACCAAGCUACCUGUCAGUGGUGCACAUCAUCAGCACACACAGACAGGGUCUCCAAGAACGACUGAUGGUUCUCUUCCCCCAAGACGUGCUGCUGCUGUCAGUCGACAACCAGCUGCUCAAUAUCACAUAUCAGGGCAGGCUGCCGCGUCAGAGCAUCAAAGUCACGGAGAGAUCAAACCUUCCUGGACGACUUGAGUUUGAGCUAGGAGGAGAGCUGGUGGAGCCUCUGCAGGUGUCGUGUACCAGCAUGGAGGAUCAUCACAACUGGAUCACGCAUCUACAACUGCCAGACAGAAGCGUCCACGCUGCCACGCCAAACGUGGCCACAAGGCUGCAAAGGAGCCGCCAAGAGGCCAAGGUCACAAAAGCAGACGUCAAUGGACGCAGCUGAGUGUGCAGAAUAAAAAUAGCGUGUAACGUGCACACGUGGCGAUAAUGCAGGGACUCUGCUGUCAUCAUCCUUGUUUUUGUUUUUCAGCACAAUAAACUUCUUAAAGAUACAGUAGAAUAUAUU